ACGUAAUCCCAAACGCACCCAGCUAACUCACACAGAACUCCUUAAACAGCUUUCUUCUCUUGAAGAAAUCGAUUCUACUUACUUUUAAAUCUCAUAUAUUUAUAUCAAAGUUUUCUUUCUUUUUCGUUUUUCUUUUUCCAUUAUAUUUCUCGUGUCGGUGAUUUGUAGUCUGUCAGAGAAGAGUAACACCGACCCUAGUGAGCAAUACAAAAGCUAGAGCAGAGGAAGAGUUAGAAACCAAAAGAAGAAGAAGAAGAAGAAGAUGGUGGAAACAGCAAACAACCAGCAGCCACAGCCAGGACCGCCGCCGAUGAGGCCGCCGGCGCUACCUAUGGGAGCCGCAAAGGGACCCACUUGGGCUCCGGCCGAGCAACUCCAUCACCUCCAGUUCUGCAUCCACUCCAACCCUAAUUGGCCGGAAACAUGUUUGCUGGGUUUCCAGCACUAUGUGGUGAUGCUUGGAACUACGGUUUUGAUUGCCAAUACGCUAGUGCCUCCAAUGGGGGGGAGUGAUGGUGAUAAAGCCCGUGUUGUUCAAACAUUGCUCUUUAUGUCGGGACUGAACACGCUGCUUCAAACACUCAUUGGGACUAGGCUUCCUACAGUGAUGGGUGCAUCAUUUGCUUUCGUCCUACCGGUGUUGGCAAUUAUCGAUGAUUUAUCUGGUGAGGUCUUCACGAGUGAGCAUCAGAGGUUUCUGCACACUAUGCGAACAAUUCAAGGAUCCCUAAUUGUUUCUUCUUUUAUCAACAUCUUUCUCGGAUAUAGUAAGGUGUGGGGGAACCUAACAAGAUUUCUUAGUCCCAUUAUUAUCGUACCAUUUGUUUGUGUAGUGGGUCUUGGUCUGUUCAUGAGGGGCUUCCCAGUGCUUGCUAAUUGUGUGGAGAUUGGCCUGCCCAUGCUUAUUCUAGUGGUUUUCGUCCAGCAGCAAUUGAAGCACAUCCAUCAUCGUCUGGCCUCUAUCACAUUUGAGAGGUUUGGUUUGCUUCUUUGCAUUGGUAUUGUCUGGGCUUUUGCUGCUAUGCUCACUGCAGCUGGUGCUUACAACCAUGUAAAACGGCAGACUAAACUGAGUUGUCGCACAGAUCGUACCUUUCCCAUAUCAGCUGCUCCAUGGAUUAAAAUCCCUUACCCAUUUCAGUGGGGCACUCCCAUAUUCAGAGCGAGCCAUGUCUUUGGGAUGAUUGGGGCAGCCUUUGUUACAUCUGCAGAGUCAACUGGAACAUUUUAUGCAGCGGCACGUCUAUCAGGAGCUACACCCCCUCCAGCACAUGUUCUCAGUCGAAGUAUUGGCCUGCAGGGUAUUGGCAUGCUUAUUGAAGGGAUCUUUGGUUCUGUUGUUGGUACUACUGCAUCUGUUGAAAAUGUUGGGCUCCUUGGAGUGACUCACAUAGGGAGCAGAAGAGCAGUGCAGAUUUCAACUGCUUUCAUGCUCUUCUUUUCCAUAUUUGGGAAGUUUGGUGCAUUCUUUGCAUCUAUUCCUUUAUCGAUAUUUGCUGCCAUGUACUGUGUUUUGUUUGGCAUGGUUGCUGCUGUUGGGAUCUCACACAUACAGUUUGCAAACAGUAAUUCCUUGAGAAACCUCUACGUUUUGGGCCUGACCCUGUUCCUUGCGAUAUCAAUACCUCAAUAUUUUGUCACGAACACCGAUAUGAAUAAUGGUCAUGGACCAAUUAGUACAGACGGUGGAUGGUUCAACAACAUCUUUAACACAAUAUUCUCGUCGCCGCCAACCGUGGCAAUAAUCGUUGGGACACUGCUUGAUCACACACUUGAUGCAAAGCGCACAGUUAAUGACAGGGGAUUUCAAUGGUGGGUUCCUUUCCAAAAUAGGGAUGGAGAUGCUAGAAAUGGCGAGUUCUACAGUCUUCCCAUGAGGCUAAAUGAAUUUAUGCCUACAAGGUUUCUCUGAAUAACUCUUACCCACAUGUAUAUUAGCUAUAUACUAUGAGCAAAACAUUGGUUUUGUUUUGUGUUUUCAAAACAUUUGUUUUGUAAUAUGUAAAUCAAGGCGUGUUCUGAAUAUAGAUUAGACUGCCACUGAUUGUCCAUAUAGUUUCAGCGUGACGAGCAUAUUGGCUCUUGGAGGCAUCAGCCAUUGUUGUGCCGACUGAAAAAACGAGCUCACCAUGAACCUUUCUGGUGCUUCAUUCUCUACAAUUUUGUAUGUCUAAAUUUUAUCCACCAACAGAUGCGCUAUUUAAUAUACUGCUAGGAUUUGCACUUA